AUGCGCUUUCUGGGUAAAAUGGCUGCUGCUGUCAGGUUUUUCCCCUCUAUCCACGACAAUACAACAAACAACAAUGACAUCUGGGCUCCAUUUGACCCCAAACUAGACCAGCCCAACUCUCUGAAGAACACAUCUGCUGCAGAUUCAUCUAAAAAGGUCUUUGGUGAUGGUGCUGAUCAAACCAGCUCAACCUCUCAGAUGGAAGCUGAAGCUCCAGCAGCCUGGAUGACGUCAGGCUGUCUGAGGGUGCCUGAUUACCAACCUCUGGACGCCUUCAGUGCCACGGCACCAGAAGAUCCCGGUCCAGCUCCGUGGAGCGAGGAGGACGAGAUCUGCAAACUCUUGAUCAGGAUGAAAGAAUUAGAGCUACUCAGGAUGAUGGGAGAGCCCCCUGGCAUUCUGCAAUGUCUCUGGCUCUAUUUCAGAUACAUUUGUGAGGAAUAUCAAAUACUGUAGGAUGAAGCAGACGAGAAGAAAGCAAAAAUGAAGAAAAGUCUUGAAGACAAGAAUACGUUAUACUGCAUUAAAUGACCUUUAAUAGACUUAAUUACUUCUUUUUUCUGUGUAUCACAAUCUAAUAAACCACUAUCCAACUGUCUGUAAAUGUUUUAUUUCUUA